AGUCACCACAGCCAACCAUGCCGUUCGACCUCGCAAAAUGCGCCAGGCCAAACAUCCUCGCUCUAGAGCCGUACAGGUGUGCUCGAGACGACUACAAAGAUGACGGCACCAACAUCUUGCUCGACGCCAACGAAAACGCCUACGGACCAGGACUGGCGUUGAGUCGAGAUGGCGAGCUUGUUAAUGGCGAGCGAAAAGCCAAUAUCGAGAUUGAUUUGCUUGGUCUGAACCGUUACCCGGACCCGCAUCAAGUCGAGUUGAAGCAGAUGCUAUGUCAAUUGCGGAACACUCAUGUGCACACCCCGAAGGAUCUCACGCCGAACAACCUGUUCGUCGGCGUCGGCAGCGAUGAAGCCAUCGACGCCUUGCUCCGCGCCUUCUGCACACCGGGCAAGGACAAGAUCCUGACCUGUCCGCCUACGUAUGGCAUGUACUCCGUCUCCGCGCAAGUUAACGACGUCGAAGUCGUCAAAGUGCCGCUGGAUGUUGAGAACGGCUUCAACGUGCAACCCGAGAAAAUCAAUGCGCGCUUAUCAGAAGAUCCGCUUAUCAAGCUGGUCUACCUUUGCUCUCCUGGCAACCCAACCGCAAACCUUGUUCGCAAGCAAGACGUGCAGCGCAUCCUGGAGCACGCAACGUGGAAUGGUAUCGUGGUGCUAGAUGAAGCCUACAUCGACUUCGCUCCUGAAGGGUCUUCGCUCGCGGAAUGGGUACUCGAAUGGCCAAAUCUUGUCGUUAUGCAGACCCUCUCCAAAGCCUUCGGCCUUGCGGGCAUACGGCUAGGAGCAGCCUUCACAUCGCCACCAAUCGCCCGGUUGUUGAACAGUCUGAAGGCGCCCUACAACAUCUCUAACCCAACAUCGCAGCUUGCGAUGCAAGCACUCCAGCCACAGAAUUUGGCGGUGAUGCAUGCGCAUCGCGAGCAGAUCUUGCGGCAACGGGAACGCAUGCUGGCGGAGAUGCCUCGGAUUCCGGGAAUUGGUCGCUUUCGCGGAGGGAGAGAGUCAAAUUUCCUGUUGGUUGAGAUGCUUGAUAAGCCUGAGGGGAAGCCAAGUAAUGAAGUUGCACUGCAGGUUUACGAGCGGUUGGCGGAGACGAGAGGCGUAGUGGUGCGCUUCAGGGGCAAGGAGUUGGGUUGUGAAGGUUGUUUGAGAGUGACCGUAGGGACGGAGGAGGAGGUGAGCAGAUUCCUCGAAGAGUUGACAGGGGUGCUGGAUGAUGUGUACUCUGGCAAGGUGAGCGUGCCGAGUGGAAGGGUUGAGCAGAAGAAGGAGCAGCAUGCGAACGGAGUCAUCGCAUGAUGCACUGGAAAUUGCCAUGCAUCGUUAGAUCUAGACUUCGUACACCAUGCACAACAGUCGCAGGGUUGACUCGUAUCCUUGCAGGCCGUUGACAAGGCUGCGAUGCCCUGCAUGUCUUCAAAGUCUGCAUCGCCGUCUCUGGUUGGCAAAUUCGUACGGGAACUAAUGGCAGGACGAAACGGUCAACAGGGCCACCUCAGCCAUCUGCACGCCGUCGCAUGGCGACGCAUGGCCGUUGCAAAAGGCUGUUAAGAAAAGCAUGCUCAACUUGCAUGGGUUGGCGAAAAAGAUUUGGAAGCCGGCCGUUACAACUUGCAAGGGUCAGCGUCCGAGAUGCGCUGCACGACAAGCGCACAAGCGAUCUGUUUCUGAGGGUGUGCUCUUAGACUACAUGAGGGGUGUUUUCAGCGCCAUAAUUCGUCUCACAAAGAUAGUCCUGAGG